AUGUUCAAAUUCCUCAAAGAGGUCGUUGGUGGAUCUGGAACGGGCCUCAAGGAUCUCCCAUACAACAUCGCCGAACCUUUCCCUUCCGCUUGGGGCUCCUGGACUCACUCUCGCGGCACCUCCAAGGACGACGGUUCUCUUGUCUCCGUCUUCUCUCUCUCGGGCUCCAAUGCUCAGGAUGGUCACUUAGCUGCUGCGCGCAACGGCGUCAAGCGUCUUCGAACUGUUAGGCAUCCGAAUAUCUUGUCGUUUCUUCACAGCGCUGAGAUUGAGACUUAUGAUGGAGGUUCGCCGAAGGUUACGAUAUAUAUUGUGACUGAACCAGUGAUGCCGCUAUCCGAGAAAAUCAAGGAGUUAGGGCUUGAAGGUACACAAAGGGAUGAAUAUUAUGCUUUGGGUCUUCAUCAAAUUGCUAAAGCUGUGAGCUUCUUGAAUAAUGAUUGUAAACUUGUUCAUGGUAAUGUUUGCUUGGCUAGUGUUGUUGUGACACCAACUUUGGACUGGAAGCUUCACGCUUUUGAUGUUCUAUCUGAGUUUGAUGGGAGUAAUGAAACGUCUUCUGGUCAAAUGCUGCAAUAUGCAUGGCUUGUUGCAUCACAAUACAAACCAAUGGAGUUGGCGAAAUCAGACUGGGAUGCAAUUAAGAAGUCUCCUCCAUGGGCCAUUGAUUCUUGGGGCAUGGGUUGCCUAAUUUAUGAGGUAUUCUCUGGUCUGAGGUUGGGCAAGACAGAAGAAUUACGCAACACUGGUUCCAUUCCCAAGUCUCUGCUUCCAGAUUACCAACGACUGUUGAGUUCCCUACCCUCUCGUAGAUUAAACACAUCAAAGCUUAUAGAAAAUAGUGGUGAGCGCUCCUUGAUAGAUUUAUACUUAAUCAUAUAUGGAAAUGGUUCACCUAACAUUGUGGUUGUUUUGCCUCUUUCUUUGAGGGAUUCAUGUGUUUUGUGUUUUGAGUUUUUCAAUAAUGGAUAUGCAGAAUACUUUCAAAAUAAGCUGGUAGACACAAUACAUUUCAUGGAAAUUCUCAGUUUAAAAGAUAGUGUGGAGAGGGACACCUUCUUCCGCAAGCUUCCAAAUUUAGCUGAGCAACUUCCUCGCCAAAUAGUGUUGAAGAAGUUACUUCCUUUAUUAGCUUCUGCCCUUGAAUUUGGUUCAGCUGCUGCCUCAGCUUUGACUGCCCUGUUGAAAAUGGGUUCCUGGCUUUCAGCUGAGGAGUUUAACGUCAAGGUACUUCCUACAAUAGUUAAACUCUUUGCCUCCAAUGAUCGAGCUAUUCGAGUUGGCCUUCUCCAACAUAUUGAUCAAUAUGGAGAGUCUUUAUCAGCACAAGUUGUUGAUGAGCAAGUUUACCCUCAUGUUGCUACUGGGUUCUCUGACACAUCUGCUUUUCUCAGAGAACUCACUCUGAAGUCUAUGUUAAUUCUAGCUCCCAAGUUGUCUCAAAGAACCAUUUCAGGGUCAUUAUUGAAGUAUCUGUCAAAGUUGCAGGUUGAUGAAGAACCAGCAAUUAGAACAAAUACAACCAUAUUAUUAGGCAAUAUUGGAAGUUACUUAAACGAAGGGACAAGAAAAAGAGUAUUGAUUAAUGCAUUUACAGUCCGUGCAUUACGUGAUACUUUUCCACCUGCUAGAGGAGCAGGCAUUAUGGCUUUAUGCGCAACCAGUUCCUAUUAUGACAUCACUGAAGUUGCAACCCGGAUUCUUCCUAAUGUGGUUGUGCUCACAAUUGAUCCUGACAGUGAUGUUAGAACUAAGGCAUUUCAAGCGGUUGAUCAGUUUUUGCAGAUAGCCAAGCAACACUAUGAAAAGACAAAUGCAGCAGAUACGAUUGGUGGUGCAAGUGUGGUAGGCUCAUCUGUUCCAGGAAAUGCUAGUUUGCUUGGAUGGGCUAUGAGCUCUUUGACCUUGAAGGGUAAACCUUCUGAUCAUGCUCCAGUUGCUUCUGCAAUUUCGUCUACAAUUACAACAUCUUCUAAUGGAACCACAGGAUUGGUCUUGCCUGAAUCACCUGACUUUAGGGCAGCUUCCUUACAUGAGUACUUUUUGACAAAAUUUAACCAUGUUCAUUUAAUUUUGUUGGGGGGAAAUUCAGGCAUAGAGACGCCAUCUACAGCACCAGCCCGUAUAAGCUCCACAACAGAUUUCUCCGCAACAGAUUUGGCGGAACACCCUGUCCCAACAUCUCCUACAUCAACGGAUGGCUGGGGGGAACUUGAGAAUGGAAUUCAAGACGAGCAUGAAAGUGACAGGGAUGGGUGGGAUGAACUGGAACCACUUGAAGAGACAAAGCCAGCUCCCGCUCUUGCAAACAUUCAAGCAGCUCAAAGGCGGCCUGUUUCUCAACCUAUUUCACAAACAAAACAAGCAUCAAAUUGGCUGUCCAAAAGUACAUCAAAAUUGAACAAGGAUGAGGAUGAUGAUUUGUGGGGAUCUAUAGCAGCUCCUGCUCCGAAAACUGCAAGACCUUUGAAAACAGGUCAAACUGAUGAUGAUGAUCCUUGGGCUGCCAUUGCUGCUCCGGCACCCACUACGAAGGCCAAGCCCUUAUCCACUAGCAGAGGUAGGGUAACCAAACCUUCUGCUCCAAAAUUAGGUGCUCAGCGGAUAAACCGAACAUCAUCAGGCAUGUAA